AUGUUGCUCAGCUGUACAUAUGCUGUUCUUGACUAUGCACAAACUGGUCUAGUUGCUGCAGUGUUUUUCUUUAAAAUGAUGGAAUGGUGGUACCAAUCCGCUGAGGAGAGAAUGUCAGCUCCAACUGUGUAUCCUCCACCACCGCCUCCUCCACGCCCAAAGGUAGCCAAAGAGGGGAUUCCACUUCCACCUGAUAGAACAUUGUGUUCGUUGUGUUCACAGAGGCGUGCAAAUGCAUCGGUACUGGUAGUUUCAGGGUUCGUCUUUUGUUAUGCUUGCAUAUUUAAGUAUGUUUCUCAGUACAAGCGCUGCCCAGUCACAUUGAUGCCUGCAACAGUGGACCAGAUUAGGAGGCUCUUUCACGAUUUGUAA